GGUGCAUCUGCGUGGAUAUACACUAGUCUGUUUGUAUGUAUGCUGGGGAAAUGAGGUCAGAUCACUGAAGGAGAUUUAAUGAUUUCAGAGGGGAAGAAACGGGGUUGAUGCGUGCGUGCAUAACUGCAAGAAAACAUUAUAGCAUAUUCAUUAAAAUGCAUGCAGUUUUAUGAAGCAUUUCUGCAGGAUCUGGUGUUAAAUGUUCAUGUUUGUGUGACCAAGCAGAGGGAAGGUCAGGUAGGGGUGGGGGUUGCGUUGAUAGACGGCUCUGGGUGCUCCAGUGAAGUUGGUAAAUAAGGUUUGACCUCGUGUAGGAGAGAGAGACAGACUGGAUUAAACACUGCCAGCAGCGAGGAGGAGGACAACGACCAACAACCAACCAACCUGCAGCUCCUGCUGCUAUUAAACCGUGUCCCCCUGCCCAGCUUUGUCUGCACUAUAACAUAAACAUUAGCCUGCCUCGCCUUUUUCGCUGACCUCGUCUGGUCUGUUCUGGUUGAGUUGGGGUGGGGGAAAAAAGCGGAGACGACAGCUGCUGUCCAUCAUGGCGGGCGAUAUGAUGUUACUGAUGCGAGGUUUGGCUAAGCUGAGCCAGGCUGUUGUCGAGACUCAGAGCACCACCAUGCGCAGUGCAGCAGGAGUCCCAGGAGUUGGUGCUGCAGUCCAAAGUGUCCAGUCGGCUGCUGAACAAGGCCUCUCUGCUGCUAUGAUGAAAAUGCAGGAGGUGACUGGCCAGCAGCAGACCUCUUCAUCAGAGUCAGAGUUUGACUUUCCUCAGGACGACUUCACGACCUCAGAGUUCAGGGAGGAAGACUUCACAGCAGAUCACACAGGAAGUAGUGAUGGUGCAGGAACUCAUCACGGAGCAGGAGCAGGAGAAGGGAAACAGUCGUUGUUUGACGGAUACAAAGAUCCCAGCAAACAGUUUAGUGGACACACCAGAUCCUACCACCAAGAUGCCAGACGUUUCAUUGGACAUCAACGUCUCUACAACCACAGUCUGAAAAAGCAUUUGUGGGGGCAGCUUUACUGCCAGCAUCAGGUCAGCCAGCUCAGGAGCUACCAUCAGGACCCGUCCACGGUCGGAGGGCUGACGGCUGAAGACAUCGAGAAAGCAAGACAGAGCAAGAGGGCUGAGAGCAAACCGCACAAACAGAUGUUAAGUGAGAGAGCCAGAGAGAGGAAAGUGCCAGUGACUCGGCUUAGCAGACUGGCCAACUUUGGAGGUCUAGCUGUAGGUUUGGGUAUCGGAGCCCUGGCAGAAGUUGCCAAGAAGACCAUCAGACACAAUGAUGUGGCAGGCGACAAAAAAGGUGUUCUGGACUCAAGUCCCUUCCUGUCUGAGGCUAACGCUGAACGCAUCGUCAGAACUUUGUGUAAAGUCAGAGGAGCUGCAUUAAAACUGGGACAGAUGCUCAGCAUUCAAGAUGAUGCAUUCAUCAACCCUCAACUCGCCAAGAUCUUUGACCGUGUAAGACAGAGUGCUGACUUCAUGCCAAUCAAACAAAUGACAAAAGCGUUGAACAGCGACCUGGGUCCUAACUGGAGAGACAAGCUGGAAUCGUUUGAGGACCGUCCGUUCGCAGCAGCGUCCAUCGGUCAAGUUCACCUGGCAAGGAUGAAGGAUGGCAGGGAGGUGGCCAUGAAAAUACAGUAUCCCGGUGUGGCUCAGAGUAUCAACAGCGACGUCAACAACCUGAUGACGGUGCUGAAUAUGAGUAAUGCCUUGCCUGAAGGUCUGUUUCCAGAGCAUCUCAUAGAUGUCAUGAGAAGAGAGUUAACACUAGAGUGUGAUUAUAUUAGAGAAGCCCAGUGUGCAAAGAAAUUCAGGGAGCUAUUGAAGGAUCAUCCGUUCUUCUAUGUCCCAGAGGUGAUCGAUGAGCUGAGCGGCAGCCACGUCCUGACCACAGAGCUUGUCCCCGGGUUUCCCCUGGAUCAGGCUGAGAACCUCUCGCAGGAGCUGAAGAAUGAGAUCUGUGAGAACAUCCUGAUGUUGUGCCUCAGGGAGCUGUUUGAGUUCAGGUACAUGCAGACUGACCCCAACUGGUCCAACUUCUUCUAUGAUCCACAGACACACAGGGUGUCGCUGUUGGACUUUGGAGCCACGAGAGGAUUUGAUCUGAGUUUCACAGAUUUGUACAUAGAGAUAAUCCGUUCAGCUGCUGAGGGCAACAGAGAGGGAGUUCUGAAAAAAUCUAUCGAGAUGAAGUUCCUGACUGGAUAUGAGUCCAAGGCAAUGAUAAACGCCCACGUGGAUGCUGUGAUGAUCCUCGGCGAGGCCUUUGCCUCCACCGAGCCCUUCGAAUUCGGUUCCCAGUCCACCACCGAGAGAAUCCACAACCUAAUCCCGGUGAUGCUCAAACACCGGCUCACCCCGCCUCCCGAGGAGACGUACUCACUCCACCGUAAGAUGGGCGGCUCCUUCCUCAUCUGCUCUCGGCUGGACGCGAAGCUGAAGUGUAGUAACAUGUUUCAAACGGCAUAUCAGAAGUACUGGGAAGGCCGCACACCUUCGCCAUCUCAGUCAGCCUAAACAAAUCCUCAAGUGUCGGGCUUUGAUGGUCAGAUCUUUGGGCCAACGGCAAAGUGCAAGUUGACGGUGGGGUAUGGGGCUGUGAAGACGCAGCACAGCAAAGUGGAGGUCAAGUUACCUACCCUCAUCUGGUCAUCGAGAACCAGCUUACCUUUGUCAUUUUGGGCAAUCCGCUACGAUGAAAAUGAACAGUACGUCUACAUAUUUACAGCCACAGUUUUAGUUUGAAAGGGAGCAACAUCUGGAGCGCUUUACAGCCGACUUCCACAUGGCCUUGAGAGGAUGGACUGAGAAGAGGUGGGCGUGAAGGAGAGAGACUAUCAGCCUUGUGUAUUCAGGUGUAAAAUGAAUGUAAACAGGUUUAUCUCUUCUCAUGCUUUCAAUAUGAUUCUUGCAUCUUCUUUUUGUGUGUUUUGUGUUGCUGUGUUUUGUUGAACAUUUGGAAGAUCACACCAACGAACGUCAACUGCCAGAAAUAUUAUGAAACACUGAUUGUAAUAAGAAAGAGGACUGAAACCCCACAGUCAUGAAAUAAUGGGGUGUUAACACAGGGUCAGACAGCAUGAGUCACAGUAUUGACCAAGUCCGACACGUUUGGGUCACAAAUACUUCGGUUUCUGUUUCUUUUUAAGGACAUUUGAUUAGAUUUUCUGUCUGAAUUAUGAUUAAUCAGGUUUGGUCUAAAUGUAGCCGGCAAAAUAUGUGUAGCAGCUUUGAUAAGAACAAGGUUUGUUUAGACACAAAUUCAGUGUUCAAGUCGAGACAUUGCCAAGUGUUCGAGUUCAGGUGUAUCUAGCCGUUUGUAGAUGCGACAAACUGGAAUUUGUCCACAUUUACACACAAGAAAGUCUGAUUUUUAGCUCAUGUACGUGUAGUAUAUUCUCUCUAUCAGUGUAGCCAUCCAAGUGCUGUUUAUAGCUUUUGGCUUUUUAGGGCGAAAUCUGUGGGUCAGAACGUUGAUUCAAGCGAUCAGCAUGUCUCACAUGACCAUUAUCAUGACAUUCAGGAUCUAUGUGUGUUAAAGAACCUCUGGGAGAAAAGGGAUGAACGUCUGUAGUGCUUCUGCUUUACGUUUUUAUCCUUCAUGUCACAUAUAUGAGUCAGAUUUAGCUCAUGAAUUCCAGUUGAACAAAAAAAAUGUUAGCAUUGUGGCUCAGAAUUAGAUUUCUCAGUAUGGAUUCCACGUGUGCUGACUGUAAGAAGAUGAGGGCUCGAAGAAAGACUGGGCCUGAGCUUAGUCAUAAAUGUUAAUGGAAGAAGCUCAUCCUGAUAUCACACAAGCUCCGGCUUGUGGGUUCACCUUGCCUCCCACAAGUCGGUAAUCUCUCCACACCUUCCCGGGUGUAAAAUCCUCCGUCACCCGGCUGGUGUGUGGCUGUGAAAGUUCUCUCGACUCACGCUGUGUGUAUGCAGGUGUCUGGAGUGAAGCUGGGGGGGAAAAAAAGAGGUGCCUAGUAGUUUGACUUUAUUUUUCAUAUCUAAGACUCUGUGAAAAGAUGGUUUAAAUUUUCUAAAUGCAUUCUAUACUGAAAGUUGUGAUAAAGAUGAUGUAUGAAAAGAGUAAAUGUUUGAUCUAUACUUGUCAUGUGGUUUUUGUGUGUGAUCAUACUUUCAGUCUACUUCAAAGGACUAGCUCUUCAUAGAAGACAUCAAGUAGUUUGUAGUAGUCUGAUAAAACGCAGCUCUCAUUCUGUGUGUAUAUAUACAUGUAUAUG